AUGAACGACGCCCUUUUGCUCUACAAAGCGGUGUCCUCCACACCCUGUGACCUUGAACACAUGGUGCGUGUGAGGUCACGCCGGGCAUACCUCCCAUGCACCGUAUAUACAGGGACACGCUGCGCGGAGCAAACGGGCAUCCUCUGCCUGCUAGGGAUCCCUGUGACCCCAUCUGCUGAUGGCACGACUCCCAGUGUGGGAACUGCUGACUUAGGGGCAUCAAAGGCAAAAGCUCUGCAAGCUCUGCCUUUGGCUGAUCUAGCCGGUGCCCAGGGGCCCCAUAAAGCGAGGCUGCACUGGUCGCCGUACCCUCCCGCCUCCCUUUCCAAACCAGUUCAGGCACCGAGAUACGCAGGGUUGAGGCAGGUGCAUACGCAUGCGCAACGUGAAGGCCGCCGCCGCGCAGGCGCAAUCACCUGCCUGCUGCCCCCGGUACAUCCGGGUCAUUCGCACGCCCGCACGGUCUCCCGGGUGGUUGCAGCCUGUUCCCUGCGGCUGCCCGGUGCUGCCAGGAUCGGUCUGUCCCCUCAGCGGGGGCUGCGGCCGCGGCGCUGCCUCGAGCCGAGCCGGGAGAGGCGCCUCCGGGUUCCAUCCACGCCCGCUCCGGGGCGGCUCGACCCCCCCCCCCCCCCCCCCCCCCCCCCCCCCCCCCCCCCCCCCCCCCCCCCCCCCCCCCCCCCCCCCCCCCCCCCCCCCCCCCCCCCCCCCCCACCCCCCCCCCCCCCCACCCCCCCCCCCCCCCCCCCCCCCCCCCCCCCCCCCCCCCCCCCGCCCCCCCCCCCCCCCCCCCCCCCCCCGCCCCCCCCCCCCCCCCCCCCCCCGCCCCCCCCCCCCCCCCCCCCCCCCCCCCCGCCCCCCCCCCCGUCCCCUUCUCCCCCCCCCCCCGCCCCCCCCCCCCCCCCCCCCCCCCCGCACCCCCCCCCCCCCCCCCCCCCCCCCCCGCACCCCCCCCCCCCCCCCCCCCCCCCCCCCCCCCCCCCCCCCCCCCCCCCCCCCCCCCCACCCCCCCCCCCCCCCCCCCCCCCCCCCCCCCCCCCCCCCCCCCCCCCCCCCCCCCCCCCCCCCCCCCCCCCCCCCCCCCCCCCCCCCCCCCCCCCCCCCCCCCCCCCCCCCCCCCCCCCCCCCCCCCCCCCCCCCCCCCCCCCCCCCCCCCCCCCCCCCCCCCCCCCCCCCCCCCCCCCCCCCCCCCCCCCCCCCCCCCCCCCCCCCCCCCCCCCCCCCCCCCCCCCCCCCCCCCCCCCCCCCCCCCCCCCCCCCCCCCCCCCCCCCCCCCCCCCCCCCCCCCCCUCUGAAUAUGUGGAAGAAAUGUAA